AUGCCAUCGGACAAAUACAUCAACCCGGACCUGCGUGACCAAAUCAAGCAGGAAAUUCACGGCGGCGACAAAGGCGGAAAAACAGGUCAGUGGUCUGCACGCAAGGCGCAAUUAGUGGCAUCCGAGUACAAAAAGCGCGGAGGGAACUACACCACCUCCAAGGAUCAAGCCCAAGACGCCUCUCAAAAACACCUGGACCAAUGGACCAAGGAAGAGUGGCAGACCCAGGAAGGCUCCGGCACAGCGCGCCAGGCUGACGACACCCGGAAACGGUAUUUGCCCAAGCAGGCGUGGGAGGCGAUGAGCAACACGGAGAAGGCGAGGUCAGCGCGGCGAAAGGCGAGUGAUGCAGUGGCAUCCGAUAAUCAAGAUACAAGUGAAGACGAAGAGCAGUCCAGCUAG